GUAAAAUAUAAUAGCCACCUGAGCAAACUAAUUCAAUCUAAUUGCAUUAGAACAUAUAUUUUAAAAUUGCGAGUAAACAAUACGUCGAUUUGCAUCACGGACGUUUUGCUUACCCACACCUAAUGCCUGGCGAAGUAAACUAUUUACUGCCAUAGUGUGCCUGAAGCCUGAAAAUUGAAGAACUUCCAAGACAGGCAGGGGAUGAACCCAUAGCAUCUGCAAGUAAUGCACAAGGUCAAGAAAUCAAGAAGGAUAGGCGAUUAAUUCAAUGACAACGGUUCGGAAACUGAAGACCCAUCUACAGCAAAAUUGCCGCAUCUCUCGGCCAUAGCUUUUGACCUACCCUUGGAAAUUGGUCUGACGUAAGAGCGCUGUUUUUACCACCUAUAAAAACCAUGGACUGACUCUUGAGGUCAGACUUUUUUUUUGGAAAAUUCAUCACGAUAAUGUCGUUUAGUACAGUUGUCGUCCUUGGUCUCGUUUUGGCCGUCCCAACUGCUAAGUCUCUGAUAAAACCCAUGACUGGCGUUCAUUUGAAAGUAUCAGCCUAUUACGAACCACCGAUUUUUACGUUUGUAAAGGACGUGCAUAAUUCGAGCAUUAUUCAGUAUGCUGGCCUGUACAAGGACAUUAUGGAUUGGCUGUCAACUUCCUUAAAUUUCACCUAUUCAUUUGUUGAAGUGCCAGCCAACGCCGUGAAAACACACGGAUCUCUCGAUUCCACUCUGAUCGACUAUUUGAUCAGAAAAGAAGUUGAUAUGAUUUCUCGUUUGAUGACUCCCAGGGUUGAUCUUCUUGGCAUUAUGGAUUUUACCACACCCGUUACCGUGACGCAAUUUGCGUUUACGCAACCAUUUCCUAAAGUCGAGGAAGAUAUCUUAGCGUCGGUGAAACCUUUUCAAAAGAUGGUGUGGCUCUCAAUUGGCGUUUCUUUUAUUGCCGUUAUUUUGGCAAUGACGUUUGUGGUAAAGAAAGGAUCGAUAGAACAUUAUAAGAACAAAACAACUGCUGGUAUUUCAGCGGAGUUGGCCAUGUAUGGAUUUCUUAUUCUCCUCGGCCAAGGUGGACGUUUGCCAAGCAGUCGGCUGUCUUUGCGUUUGAUAGCGGGAUCUUGGUGCUUGAUGGCCGUCGUUCUUGGCUACGGCUUCAGCGGGACAUUAAUCUCAAAUAUUACCGCUCCGAAAUACGACCCAGUAAUCAAUACUUACGAGGACAUGGCAAACAGCAAAACAAUGCGGAUCACCGUAGCAAGAGGAAGUCCAUUUGCACAGAAUAUGCUGAAUGCUACUUCGGGAGUGAUGGGAAAACUUGGUAAUUCGUUGAGACAAAAUCCUGGAGAUUUAAUUCUGCUACUACCUCGUCAAAUGUCAGGUCAUUUGCUUACGGGUUGCUGCGCUUACCUUGAGUCUAAAACUAUCGGUGAUAUCAUCGUUCGCACGGUCAUGUUGAAAUCAGGUGGAAAGUGUCUUUUGACUACCGGCAAACCCGUCGAUUACUCUGAACUACUCAGUUUCGGCAUAACUAAAGAUUUCCGUUACCGCUCCAUCAUCGAUAAACAGUUGCAGCUGAUGCGUGAAAGCGGUCUGUUUUCGUUCUUCAGGAAGAAAUACGUCGUAGAGGCUGAUAAAUGCAAUGCCCGUCAGGUGUUGCAACCAAAAAAGAAACCGUUGGCGCUCUUUGAUUUUGCAAGUGCAUUUUUCGUGCUGGGCAUAGGAGGCAUCCUUUCUCUCUUGGUCUUCUUCAGCGAAUGGAUGUCGAUUAUUUAUCUGCGUCGUGGUCGUGUCAAUCACUGUCGACAUCCAGCAGUAAUAAAUACUGAAGAAUUGAUGUAGAACAAUCAGCUUGGC